UCAUAUUACUAUUUUUUUCAUGAUAUUAUUUCUUCUAUGGCAUACCUGUGAUCGACCCUCGGAUCUCUCUCUCUACUAUCAGUCCAUUGCUCUAUAAGUCUAUGCAGUAUUGAGUAUGCUGUAUGCAACAAUUUUACCGAUUUCUCUCUUCUGGUUAUUCUGUACUACCUGCUUCCGUAUUCCUUCUUGACAAUGAUAACAUUGAUAAACACAAAUGAAUGACAAGAUAAAGUGAACUGUUUUAUUUAUUUAUUAUAUUUUUUUCAAAUGCCACCAAAACAGAGAAAAAUUGCCAUCAUGGGCUACCGGUCUGUCGGUAAGUCGUCUUUGAGUAUUCAGUUUGUUGAAGGUCAAUUUGUUGAUUCCUACGAUCCUACAAUUGAAAACACAUUUGUUAAAACUACCAAAGUAAACAACCAAGAAUAUGAUCUGAAAUUAGUAGACACAGCUGGACAAGAUGAAUAUUCCAUACUUCCGACACAAUAUUCAAUGGACAUUCACGGCUAUGUGUUGGUUUACAACAUAACAUCUGCAAAAUCGUUUGAAAUUAUUCAAAUAAUAUAUGAUAAGUUAUUGGAUAUGACUGGUAAAGUACAUGUUCCUGUAGUUUUGGUUGGAAACAAAAAAGAUUUGCAUAUGGACCGUGUAAUUAGUCAAGAAGAAGGUCGUAGAUUAGCAGAAUCAUGGAAAGCAGUAUUUCUUGAAGCUUCAGCUAAACAGAAUGAGUGUGUAGCAGAUAUAUUCCAUACUAUGUUAAUGGAAAUUGAAAAAGCUAAUGGAAAUGUGCAAGAGAAAUCUAGUUGCUGUGUAUCAUAAGAUUAUUAAAGUACAUAUCAUUUGGGCUGUUACUUUGAAUUUUUAAAUGUACCUUGUUUGUGCAAAAAAUGAGUGUAAUAUAUUCAUUUAUUAAUUAUUAUAUGUAUACAAAAUUGUCAAAUGUUGAAUUUUUGACAAUACGUUUUAUAAAUAAUGUAAAUAAUCGUCUAUAGUUUAUUUAAAUUUUUUACUUUUUUCUACUAUCUGUUUUAUAAAUGACAUUAUGUUAUCAUUUCUAAUUUGAAUUUUUUUAUACAUACUUUUUUUUCUUAUAAAUAAUUCCAU